GUUCAGUGUAUACAUACCUAACUUGAAUCAAUUUGAUGAUAUACUGCAAGAGAAGAGCUCCAGUAAUCCAGUAUAUUAUAGAGAUCCACCCAGUUGUCAAUCACUAAGGGAAAACUAUUUUCUCGAUGCGACUGAUAAGAGACCACUAAUAGUUAUCAGUGUAACAACUACUGCUCCCACUGUUCCUUCUUCCUCCUCCAUACAUGAUGGUCUUACAUCAUUAAUUUUUUCCCAGACUGUAACCACAGACACUGGCCCUAUACCAAUGACAACGACACCUUCUACUCAAUCAGCAAUGUCUCCUUCAACUUCAUCAUCCUCUUUCACCUCUCUCCUCUAUUCCUCCUCUUCCCAGAACACCAUUCUUUCUUCUUCUUCAUCCUCUAGCUUCAUUAUUACCACAACAAACCCAACUACUACAACUAGCGCCUUUGGUGAGAAUAGUUUUAUUUUUAUAGGAGCAGGUGUCAUUAUCGUGGUUGUGGUCAUACUCAUAGCUUUCCUGGUACUGAUCUGUCUCUUUGUCAAAUUCAACCGAAAGAAAAAAGCACAACCAACACUUCAAUCCGACUCGUUGGAUUUCCACAGAAUCAGGGCCAUAUCGCCCGAAAUGAGGCAAGAGAUUGAUGAAUUCAGAGCCCCCAACAGACAAAUGAUCAGCUCCUUCAUAAUCAAUGACUAUGAUAAUCCCAGCGAACUCACGUUUCACGAUGUUAAUGGUUCUUCCCGUGCUGAGAGAGACUAUAUGACAAUGAUCAGUACUACCGUUCCCUCUAGAACAGUCACUCCCUCUAGGACUACUACACCGGCUUAUUCCAGGAACAUGACACCCUCUAAUAUAUCUAAUGGCUCCGGUGGUAGUCACUAUCAGUAUCCACGAAAUCAAAGCCCAAGCACCAACCAGCGUUAUGAUUCACCGAGAAGCAUUACCACAAGUUCUCUCUCUGAGUAUGAUGAUCCACGUGUAUUGGACAGAACACCUCGCAUCACUAACAAGUUUGGAAAGUCAGGAACUAAUCCUCGUCGCUCUCAGGAAACCACUCCAGAUCACCAUUACUUUACCCUGCAAGAAAAGGACCUCACGUCACCACAGAGCACUACUUUAGUAACUCAUACCUACCAAGUUUUGGAGAAUCCUAACAAAGCCACUGGGCAGGCAGAACACCCUACCAGAGUUUACCAUGAGCUGAUCCCAACUGAUACACUGCCAAAGAAUAACGACUACCAUGUGUUGGAAAAGCCUGGAUCUGGUUAUCAUGUCCCAACUAGAAAUCAAAGAGAAUCAAUGAUACUACAGGGAGAGCUUCAAACCCAGCAACAGGUCCAAGAGUUCUUUCUUAACAAAUCCGAGUACUUUGAGCCACCUGAGCAGACAGAGCACAUCUAUGAGCAACUCAACCAGUACAAGUGUAGAGAGAUACCACUUGAAAACAUAACGUUUGAUAAGGAAAUUGGAAAGGGACAAUUUGGUACAGUUUUUGCCGGUACUUGGUAUCUUGCUGGAGGAGACAGGAGGCCUGUAGCCAUCAAGAGAUUAAGCGUGCAAGCAUCUGAAGAAGAGAAGUCAAAGUUUUUGAGAGAGGGGGCUAGGAUGAUGCAGUUCUUCCAUCCUAAUGUUGUCAAGCUUCUUGGAGUAGCUACUGUCCAUACUCCUUUCCUUUUGGUACAAGAGUUAAUGUCAAAAGGUGACUUAAAGUCUUAUCUUAAAGGAAGCAGGCCACAGUUGGACAGCAAUGACCCAGUACCAGUGAGAGAUGUUCCUUCACCUCAACAACUCCUCAAGUUCUGUCGUGACAUUGCCAGUGGCAUGAGACACUUGGUGACAAAGAACUUUGUACACAGAGACCUUGCAGCAAGGAACGUCCUAUUGAAUGACAAUCUCAUUUGCAAAAUUGCCGAUUUUGGAAUGACAAGAGCAGCCAACCAUGUUUUUGACCUGAACAAAACUGAACAGAUACCACUGCGCUGGACAGCACCAGAAGCAUUCAAAUUAAAAGAUUACUCAGAGAAGAGUGACGUGUACAGUUAUGGUAUGGUCCUAUACGAAAUCUGGUCCCUCGGACGAAAACCUUUCCCUCGUUUGUAUCAAAAUCAAGAAAUCGUUGACUUCAUUGACCAGAGGGGAUUGCUGCCUCCCCCUCCAGGCUGCCCAAGGGAGGUGUACAGUUUAAUGGUCACUUGUUGGAACCCUAACCCAUCUCUAAGGAUGUCAUUUGACUCAAUAUGCAAUGAUUAUUUGAAAGCUAACGAUGACUCCCUGCUCUCGUGGGACAAAAAUGAUCUUGAGGGUCGCUCUUCUGAAGCAACUAAAAUUGGAGCAAUGCUAGAUAUGGGAUAUGACCUUUAUACUGAUCUGCAGAAGGAAUACAGACUUUAAUAUAUAAUGAUAAUAAAUAAAAGACUGUUUUAGAAUCAAAUCACUAUAUAUUCUUUAUUUUUUGUGAGUGACUGUGUAUGCGUGCGUGUAUGAUGUGUGUGUGGUAAUUAUUUUUUUAUUAAUUCAUGUGCAUAUUUUAAAGCUAUUGGGACAUUUUUUUGUGAUAAAUAAACUUUCAGUGUUGUAUCUACUAG